AUGUCGCGUGGGAACGAGAAUGGAGUGGCGAAAGCUUCCUCGUCGCAUGCUAAUGGCACCCCCCUCACAUCGGCAUCCUCCUCGAUAGGCGUUGCCCUACCGAAGGAGGAACAGUAUCGCCUUGUCAGCGCGCGGCUCCGUUUACCCGUCGCUUCCGUGCGCUACACUUUAGAGCAGUCUCGGCAGGGCGCUACCGUCCCCUUCCUCGCGCGCUACCGCCAAGAUGAAACCGGGCAGCUCGACGAAACGCAGCUCCGCUUGGUCCUCUCCACGUCUGAGGAGGUAACGGAGGUGCAUCGACGACGACAGUUCAUGCUGAAAAGUCUGGAACAACGAGGGCUGCUGACGGAGGGGCUGCAACGGAGCCUGGAGAAUAUGGUGCACCUCAGCCAGUUGGAGGACGUGUGGGAGCCUUUUAAGGUUAAGAAAACGAGUUUGGCGUCGCGCGGUCGCGAUGCCGGCCUCGGGCCGUUCGCUGAGGCGCUCGUUCAUCAGGGCAUCGCCCUCCCUAACCAGGCCCUGUCGAUUUCCCGCGUGGAGGAUGGGAGGCGGCUAUUUGUGGCCAUCCUCGCGGAGGAGAUCCAGCGCUGCGAUGCCAUUCGUCAGGAGUUACUUCGCCAUUUACAGCGCCACGCACAUCUGACGAGCGUGGUGGUACAGCAGUCCCGAAAGAAAGUCGCCAAGGAGAUGGAGGAAGAUGCUUUGCGGCAGUUGCGAGGGAAGUUUCAGUACUACGAUGGAAAACGUUGGCCACUGCACCGUCUCAGUAGCCACAACAUCUUGGCAUUGCAGCGUGGUGAAACGAAGGGAAUUCUUCGGGUAGAUAUUGAGCCGGAUCACAACUGUGAACGGCUUUUUGAAGGGCUUGUUAAGAAGCAUUUCAGCGGUAUCGACAAAUUGCUUUUCUCGUCAUCAGGCUCUUCGCACCCUUCGGACAGCGCUGGUAAACAUGUCUCAUCAGCCAAGAGCUCCAGCUCCAACGCCGCCAAUCGAAAAGAUGAGCUUCAGCUGCUACGUGAAGGCCUGCGUGUGACCUAUGAGCAUUUGCUCAAAUCCAUUAAGAACACCAUCCGCCGUGAUUUAAAAAAAAGUGCUGACCAAGAGGCGAUACUGGUGUUUGAACACAAUCUUCGCUAUAUGCUACUCCAGCGUCCGCUCUCCCGUGCUCGCAUCUUGGCCAUGGACCCUGGCAUCACUAACGGCAUCAAGUGUGUCGCUUUAGACGAAAAUGGAGAGGUUAUGAGCUUUUUCAAAUGCACCCUUAUGGAUGAGAAACGAAUGCAGGAGUAUAUUUACAAGAUUGUGGAGACGAAAAAGCUCAACAAAAUUCUCAUUGGGAAUGGCACGGCCUCGCAGCAAACGGCUCUGCUCGUGGCGAAGACAAUCCAGGACCGGAAGUGGACUGAUGUCGAGUUCGCAAUUGUGAGUGAGGCCGGCGCAAGCGUCUAUUCCGUCUCGGACGCUGCCAAGGAAGAGUUUCCCACGUUGGAUAUCAUGUAUCGUGGAGCGGUCAACAUCGGCCGCCGCGUGCUAGACCCACUGAGUGAACUGGUCAAGAUACCUGUGCGGAGCAUGGGUAUCGGCAUGUACCAGCACGACGUGAAUGAAAAAGAGCUUUUAAAAGGGCUGAACCAUGUUGUUGAGUCGUGCGUCGCGCUUGUGGGCAUCAAUGCAUCUAGCUCGAACCGUUACGUCAUGGAGAAGGUGCCUGGGAUUCAAAAAAAGCUCGUUGAUCAAAUAGUUCUGUCCCGUCAUACGAAGCACCUCAACACCCGCGAAGACUUGCGCCAUGUCCCGGGCAUGACCGAGCUCGUGUAUAACCAAAUUGCGGGCUUUUUCCGUUUUCCGAACUCCCCUGAGCCGCUGGACAACACAAACAUCCACCCCGAGUCGUACCACCUCGUCCGGCAGCUCAUGGAGGCGUACGACAAAGGGGAGCUAGGCUGGUGCGCGGGCGCGGAAGGGGGCCACCGGCGCCAGCAGGUCGGCCUCGCCGUCUCAAACCUCCCGGAGGACGCCCUCGUCGCGCUGGCGCGGCGGUUGCGGUGUGGGCUGGAGACGCUUCGGCUGGUGGGGCGGGAGCUGCUGUCGCCCGGAUUGGACCCCCGUGCGAGCCUGCCUCACGCCGGCCUCCUCCGCCGCGAGAUCAAAGAGGCGAAGGACCUCCAAAAGGGCGACCUCCUCACGGGGAUGGUGCAGUCCGUGACCACCUUCGGGGCCUUUGUGGACUUCGGCCUGCACGACGCCGUGCUCGUGCGCGGCCCGGGGGUGGACCGGCUGCGGGUCGGGGAGCUCCUCCGGGAGCUGCGGUUCACCGGGCUCGACCACCUCGGGCGUGUGCAGGUCGAGGAGUACCACGCGCCCGCAAAGGCGGGGACCCCACGCGGGGAAGGGAAGAGUCCCAGCGGCACCCAGCGUUUGCACCUGGAGGCGGAGGAUUGGUUAACGCCGACGCGAGACCCCGGGUCGGAUCGCGACCUCGACGGGGAGGGCUCGGGCGGACUCGCCGCACACCUCAUACGGGCCCGUCGUCAGGAAAGAGAACGAGAAAUGACUGAUCCUAUGCCGGCUGGCGGGGUGUUAAAUGACGGCAAGCGACCACGGACAGAUGCGCCGAGCGAAGGGGCAGCCCCUGGCCCGUCCAUUGGACCCAAAGUUGUUAUGGAUGUGUUUAGUCAUUCUGAGGAGGGUGCUGCUGAUACGGAAGAGGGGGAGUGUGAUGCCACUCAUCAGCACAAGCGGCAGCAUGUGGAGGACGGAGUCGAGGAGAUGAUCACCAUAACCAGUUCAGCCCAGCGUCAGAGUAAUCUCCUUGAGCCUCGUUUGCGUCCUGUUCGAAUGGCUAAGGUAGUGGAUAAGGUUCCAACAAGAAAGUCAGCUUCAGCAAAAAAGGCAUCUCGAAUUACCAGUGCGACAUCGUCAGCAGUAAAAGGCAAGACAGAUUCUAAAAAACCGAACAACAGGUCCAAGGGCCAAGACAGCGAGGCCUCAACUACCUCUCCAAUCCAUGUUUUAAGUGAACAAAUUAUCAAUGCACAAAAGGAGGAAUACUUUGUUCUUUAA